UAGAUAUUGACCUAGCACUGUAGACUGUAGGUACUUCAUCACACGGCUCCCCGCAACCCGCUCCAGUUUUAAUUCAAUUCUGUUUGUGUGUAGUGUGUUCGCCCACCAGCUAGAUAUCUGAUAGUGAGUGUAUGUAAAAUGGCUGCGAUUGAUGUUGAACCCCAGAAAAUUGAGGCUGCAAUGCGUACGUUGAAGUUGUCGGGGCAUGUCGGCUUCGACAGCCUGCCAGAUCAGCUAGUUAACAAAAGUGUCCAGAAUGGCUUUGUGUUCAAUAUUUUAUGUAUAGGGGAGACUGGCUUAGGAAAAUCCACACUGAUGGAUUCCUUAUUUAACACAAAUUUUGAAUCUUCUCCUAGCCCCCACAAUCUGCCGACUGUAAAACUGAAAGCUCACACCUAUGAACUUCAGGAGAGCAGUGUUAGGCUAAAGCUAACUCUCUGUGACACUGUGGGUUACGGAGACCAAGUUAACAAGGAAGAUAGUUUCAAGGCAGUGGUGGACUAUAUUGAUGCCCAGUUUGAGGCAUUUCUGCAGGAAGAGUUGAAGAUUAAGCGCUCGCUGGGGGCCUAUCAUGAUAGCCGACUUCAUGUUUGUCUGUAUUUCAUAUGUCCUACUGGACAUGGGCUUAAAUCAAUUGAUUUGGUAUGCAUGAAGAAGUUGGACACCAAAGUUAAUAUCAUUCCCAUAAUCGCGAAAGCAGACACCAUUUCCAAAACCGAACUUCAGAAAUUCAAGUCAAAAAUAAUGCACGAGUUGCAAAUGAAUGGAGUAGAGAUCUACCAGUUCCCAGUGGAUGAUGAGUCAGUGUCGGAAGUGAAUUCGAGCAUGAACAGCCACAUCCCCUUUGCAGUGGUGGGCAGCACCGACUUUGUGAAGAUUGGCAACAAGACUGUUCGUGCCCGCCAGUACCCAUGGGGCACCGUUCAAGUGGAGAACGAGUCUCACUGUGACUUCGUGAAGCUGCGCGAGAUGUUGAUCCGCACCAACAUGGAGGACAUGCGCGAGAAGACACACGCCAAACACUACGAGCUGUACCGGCGUCGCAGGCUCACGCAGAUGGGCUUCACCGACGUGGACGCACACAACAAGCCGGUCUCGUUCCAGCAGACAUUCGAGCAGAAGCGGUCGGCGCACCUGGCGGAGCUGCAGCAGAAGGAGGAUGAGAUGCGCCAGAUGUUCGUGCAGCGCGUCAAGGAGAAGGAGUCUGAACUCAAGGAGGCCGAGCGUGAGCUACACGCUAAGUUCGACAAACUGAAGAAAGACCACACUGAGGAGAAGAAACGUUUAGAAGAACUCCGCAAGAAGAUAGAGGAUGAUACCGUGGAGUUCAACCGCCGCAAGACUCAGACACUGCACUCCCAUCACACCCUGACCCUCGGCAAGAGCAAGAAGAAGUGAACACUCUAUCACCUGUGGGCUCUCGGUGCGUGGUGGCGCGACGACUCUCUCUUUUGUAAUACAGCUUAUUACUUUCCAAGUUUAUAUUAUGAGUCUCCUUUAGAUGUCACUUACAUUUCUAAGUUGCUAUGAUGUUAACUCAGUCCCGAUAAUAAAUCAUGUUGCAUUACUUAUAUAUUGGCGACAUCGGAGUAAAUUCUUCAUGAUGUGCCAAAUCUGUGAAAUGAAAUAUGGCUGGAUAUUGUUCAAUAUUAAUUAUUGAUUUUAAGGACAUUUAUUCAAAAUGCAGGCUUAGACAGCCUGAUUAAUCUCAAACGAUCAAUAGGACCCAGUUUAAAGUAAAUCUCAAAUCAAAUAAACAAUAUUACCAGGCUAAUAAGGAACUUCACUAAGAUAUAUGUCCGUACAGAAGAACCUUCCGUAUAGGUUUCGUGUAUUUUCUCAAUUAGAUAUACACGAAAAUUGUAUGUUUUACCUUAUUUUAGCAUUUCGUCCAAUCAUGGACUGCCACGUAGCACUCACCUAGUUAUUCGUAAAUAAUACAUUUUUAUACCAAAUUUUAUUUAUAUUAAAAUGUAAUCCUUAGGAUUAGUUUAAGUGUAGAUUUAAAAGAGCUAUGGCGCACUAAAAUAAUAAUUUGAAUGUGACUGCUGUAUCACCGUGUGCCAGGAUCUGUAUAUUAUUAUUAUUAUUUAUAGCCACAGUGUAAGAUGGCAGUAUGGACUGUGUAAUACAUUAUAUAAAAUAUCUGAAUAAUAUAUAUUGAAUUAAACUAAUUUUACACUAACACAUUAACUGCUUAAACACAACAUAAGUGUUUUACAUACUAUACAACUGUGCUGUUAAACACAUACUUAGUGUGAUUGACACUGUGCAGCUGUACUAAACUUUUCUAUCGGUGAAAGUGCUUAUCUGAAUAUAAUUAUUCAAUUAAAGCACAAUUCGUUUAUAGAAUAGAAAUAAAACAUCAAGUUAUGUUUGAAUAGUUUAUUCUCAGAUUGAUGUUGUGUGCUGCCAUGUGACUAUUUCAAAUCAUGCAGUUUGUAUCUAAUAUGUCCAUUCUAUAAUUCAGUAUUGUAUCAUUCCUCAGAGACGCACUAAAUAAUUCCAUGUCGCAUUUAUUGAUCAUUCCUGUACUUUAUGUAGUUUUGUAUUGCUUUAUAUAGAAAUUAUUAAAAUAUUAUUAUAUCUGA